UGAAUGACGCUCACCGUAAUGGACCAAGUCUCAUUCAUUCCCAACACCCCGAGAGAUCACGUGACGGUCAGUGUCACAUGAUCUGGUAAGAUGGCUGUGCUGGGUGCGGGUUGUUUUGUGUUCCUCUGCUGCUUCUCCUUCGCCUUGGGAACCGUAGCAUGGAAAUCGGACCAAAACAGCACAGAGCCAACACCCCUGGUUAUAUGGCACGGCAUGGGUGACAGCUGCUGUAAUCCUCUCAGCAUGGGAUUUAUCAAGAAACUGGUAGAAGAAAAAAUUCCAGGAAUUUAUGUUUUGUCAUUGAAAAUUGGGAACAGUAUUACAGAGGACAUAGACAACAGUUUCUUCAUGAAUGUAAAUGAGCAGGUGGAACUGGUGUGCCAUGUAUUAUCCAAGGACAAGAAGCUGCAGAAUGGAUAUAAUGCGAUGGGCUUCUCUCAAGGAGGUCAGUUCCUGAGAGCAGUGGCUCAGAGAUGCCCUUCUCCUGCCAUGAAAAAUCUCAUCUCAAUUGGAGGCCAACAUCAAGGUGUGUAUGGUUUGCCUCACUGUCCUGGAGAAAGUUCCCGCAUCUGCAAUUGGAUAAGAAAAAUGCUGAACUUUGGUGCUUAUAAAAAUCUAAUUCAAGACCACCUAGUGCAGGCAGAGUACUGGCAUGAUCCCUUGAAUGAAGAACUCUACAGGAACAAAAGUGUUUUCUUGGCAGACAUCAAUCAAGAAAGGGGCAUCAAUGGAAGCUACAAGGAGAAUCUGAUGAAACUGCGCAAGUUUGUAAUGGUGAAAUUCCUGAGGGAUUCCAUGGUUCUUCCAGAUGAUUCCGAGUGGUUCGGUUUCUAUAAAGCAGGCCAGGAUAAGGACACGUACACCUUACAGGAGAGCAACCUUUAUCGUGAGGAUCGAUUGGGGUUGAAGGCUAUGGACAAAGCAAAGAAACUGGAAUUCCUAUCAGUGGAUGGGGAUCAUCUUCAGUUCUCAGAGACAUGGUUCAACGACAACAUAAUUCCUUACCUCAAAUGAUCCUUGUACCAAGCUAGUAAUUUUCUACUAAUUGCUUCAUCAUUUGCCUAAUAUCAAAUCGUAAAGCACUGAGUCUCAACUAUAAUUGAAUUGCAACGCUUUGCUGAUCCAAGAUGCUGCAGAGUUUGAAAGAAGCGUGCAGGCACUUAGGAACUCGAGAAUUCCAUUCUGCUCGGCAGGAUUGAAUUUUCAGGCUUAUAUUUUUACAAGUUGAGAAGUAAAUUGUGAUGCGUGCAAGAACAAUGGGGAUGAGGAAAGUAGUUAAUUUUUUUUCUGAUGCAGGGAUUGGUGUACUUUCAUAUAGGAUCUAAAUGAAAACCAUGUCCAUCUAAUGGUAAAGAAGUUCAUCUUGACCAUCUAACAGUUUGAUUAAAAUAAAAGAGAAAACUGUUCACGA